AUGCUGGAACGAGCGGCCGGGUGUCUCGAAAACGCAGGACGACGUUUCUUUCGGGAUUCAAAUGGUGCCAUCCGAAACCGAAGAUCGUUAUACUCUAGUCUUGCACAGUAUUCGGCGGCCAAUUUGGAUCUUCAAUUCGGCUCUCUGAUCAAUCAGUCGCCCCAACGACCCGCGUCGAAUGAUCGAAACGCCACCCCGCACGUCCAUGAUACACGAACGCCAGUCCUCGACUUCUUGUAUCCGCUUUCGACUCAGGAAUUUGCAGCUUCCUGCCUUCUUCGAACACAAAACAGACUUGUCCCGCGUCGAAGGAGGAGGGCAGCUCCUGGCUUGAAGAGAGCCUAUACAUCGCAAGCAGCAAGCAACGCUCCUCAUGGAUCAAACACAUCCUCCAAUGAACGUGAUUACGAGGCUUACGAUGGUGCAUGGUCCCGUUAUGUCGCUGCUGGCCAUCCUGAUCAAGUCAACGCAGCUCUCCUAGAGUUUCUCAGCGCUUCAAACAGGAUUGUGGAUUUUGGACGCUCAAAAAGAGUGUUCGAUCGGAUUCCUCUCCAGUCACGGUCCCAAGAAGAUUACUUGAACAUAAUCAAGUCGGCUAUAGCUACCAAGAAACUGCUGGAUGCGAAGAACCUCUGCGAAGAAGCUAUCCUCAAUGGCACUGGCAUCAAAUCUUGGGCUUUUCUUCUGGCCCGGUUCGCAACUGCUCUGCGGUGGGAUCGGGCGCAGGUGAUUUGGGACCUCAGGUCAUCCUUCUUGGAAACUGAAGGCGCCCAGUUAUGGGAUGCACUCGCUUCGCUCUUGGAUAUGUCCACUAUUGAGGACCUUUUGGUCCCCCUUGCAGACUCUAUACAACAGCAAACAUCGAGCACAUCGCUGCAUGAUUUCGCUCGCUUUCUGCUUGACAAUGUUUGUACCAGUCAAGCAUUUUCCGAAAAAUGCUCGGUCGACAGUAUCCUGCUAAUCUUGCAGAAGUACAACAACAUUCACAUGGUCAAAGCUGCACAUUAUAUAAAACUUCUUAACACACUUCGGACAUCCGAAAAUAGGCAAACAUUCGUCCGGACUAUUGUGAUCUACCGGAACUAUCGUUGGAGAAUGGAUGGUCAUGUUCCUUCAGCCAAGCUUUUAGGCCAUCUUGUGAGACGCCUUGCCUCCUUUGAGAUGACGGCUGGGCUGUUGUACAUGCUCGAUGAAUUCACUCAAUUUUAUGGGAAACCGACCUUGGACGCCUAUAAGCAUGCAAUGAUUGCGUUCUCAAAAGUCGGUGACGUUGACACCGUUAAUGAUCUUUUCGACAAGAUGGUGUCCCACCAUGGAAAGCCUCAAAGCCGUAGGCUUGUGACUCCUCUUCUCUCUGUCCAUGCACGGGUCGGGAACGUGCGAGAAACGUUACGUCAAUUUAACCGUGUGUCUGAGGAAUUCGGUCUUCGCCUGAAUACUGUAUGCUGGAAUAUUUUGCUCACAGCCUACGCUAACGCCGAGGACUUGAGUGAGUGUUUUAAGCUAUUGAGGAAGAUGUUUGAUGAGGGCAUGGAACCGAACUCGCACACAUUUGGUAUUGUGAUGGGUAUCUGUGCCAAUCGUGGCGAUGUACAGGGUGUUCGUGACUUGCUCGAACUCGCAAAACAGUAUCGUGUACAGAUUACGGCCCCGCUGAUUGACACUAUUGUGGAAGCGCACUGCCAUAACCAGGAAUUUGAAGAGGCGGAAUCGGUCGCAAAGACGUGUCUUGAUCUAGAUGUUACGGGCUCGCGGGUCAGAAUGUGGAACGUUCUAUUGUGGAACUACGCUUUCAGAAUAGACUUGGAGGCUAUUUCUCGGGUCCGCAUGCUCAUGGAUGAAGCCGACGUGCUCCCAGAUGGAAUGACUUAUGCCGCUCUCAUGCUUAGUCUAGCCCUCAUCGGCAAGACAGAAAAUGCUCGUCGUAUCUUGAGAGAAAUGCACCGCAACAAUCGCGUAUAUACUACCGAGUUCCACUACGCCAUCAUCCUGCUCGGCUAUGUGAGGAGCAGAAACCGAGAUAUGGUACACGUGAUAUUCAAAGAAAUCCAAGAGCGAUUCGGAGAGGCUGGUCUCGCCUCACGGCUCCUUGUUCUCAGAAGCCAGCUUGCACGAGAUCUCCAAAUAAUCACACAUGGGGGCGACGCCGCUGCCGAAGCCUACACUCGGCUAGAGCACGCAGAGAGAUUUCUCGAAGAGACCAUCUCAGAGGUUAAAACUAGCAAUCUGGCGACAAAGUCCCCUGUGCUGGGUGCUGGCCGAAUGUCCGCCAAACAAGCGUUCCCGGUCGCCUACUACGAACACAUGAUGAAUGCUUAUGGACGUCGCGGAGCUUCUCGAAGAGCUCAAGAGCUGUUUGACGAAUAUGUACAGAGUCAACCCACCUCGUCUAACGAGGACGUGGUCGAGAUGGCUCCAGUUCGCCUACUAACAGCACUGAUGCUUGCUCAUUCCAAGGCGGGUGAACAUGAAAAGGUUGAAGAAUAUUGGAACAUAGUCUUUCCACGCGCUAUCAAGAUGGCCAGUCGACCAAACAUAGAAUCCUGGCUGCCCAUCCCAGCCUCCUCAGAUGAGGCACCUCUUCCGUCAAGCGAGGAGGUCCUUAUUGUCAGCUCUCAAGCCCCGAGAGAAUCUAGUUCAGAGGGAGCCGCCUCGGAUACACCGGAGCUCUCGAACUUCUCCAUCUUGUCUGCGCAUCGCUUUAUGCUCUCUCGAGCCCUUUCACUGGUGAUACGUUCUCUGGCUUACCGAGACGAGAUCUCGAGAAUACCUCAGGUCAUCUUGGAAGUCGAAGAGGCUGGGUUUGCCCUAACAACAUACAAUUGGUCCGCGUUCAUUCAGAUGCUCGCAUGCUCUGACCACCCGUCGGAUCAACUUGAAGCAUUCACCAUGUUCGAGCAUCGCUUCAUGCCUAACUUCCCUGGGUGGAAGUAUCUACGCCGCGGAUACGGUCUCAAGCCGCAAGGUGUGCCUGCCACAAUCGAUGCUGUGGAACAACCGAAGCAAAAACAUCCCCCAAACCUGCUUGGUAAAGAAGGUCGACGUUAUUGGAGCAAAAUCCAGCCGGACUUCAUGCAGCCUACUUAUGUAACAAUGGUGUAUCUGGCUGCUGCGUUGAAUGCAUUCCGAGCGAGAACUAUCCGCAACGGACCCGCCGAGCUUCAGGCACUGUUUGACCUAGCGCCGAACACAGUAAAGGCGGUGGGUGAGAUUCCUUAUCUUCGUGACAAGUACCAAGGUGUUCUGCUCCGCCAACGUGAACAACGACCCGACAAACGGGCGCCCGAGCUAGAUCAUUUCGUAUGGACGGGAGGUCUUCUGGGCACCGGUGGUCUCAGAAGGACUUUCUCUAAAGAAGGGACAUUGGAUGCGGAAGUUGCGAAUGAUGCCGAAGAAGCUGCGGACUUUGAAGAGGCUAUCCCGGAUAUCGAAGAAUUCCGCAGUCUCUUUAUGAGGACAUUGGAGAGGCCGGAUGAGUAUGACAUGGAGGUCGAAGCCCUUCUGAACAGAAGACGCAAAUCCUCAGGUACCAAAGAGGAAUUAGACGAUGUUGGACACAAGAUUCGGAAACCCAGAAUUCGGAAACCGAGGCGGCGUAUCGGCAAAGACAUCAGAGAUGACGGUAAACGUGUCAAGUCUGAAGACGCCGCUGCAGAUGCCGAAUACGGUGAUGAAGAGGUUGACGACGACGUCUAUGUUGGCCCAUAUACUACACGCCAUAAGGAUGUUCAACGUGGUGCAGAUGCUGACGAUGACACCUAUGUUGGCCGGUAUACUAGACGCCAUAAGGACGUCGAAGAUGACGAUGAUGCUGAGGAGGCCUAUCUUAGCGAACUCGAAAAGAGAGACAAGAUAAGAGCCAUGGCACUGCGAGAACGGAGAAAACUCAGAAGGAGAAACUCGGGCGAUGACUAGUGAAGUGAGAUGUCCCAAGAAGGAUGCAGAGGUGCACUCGGAAGGAGAGCAAUGGCAUGAGGCAGGUGUGUAAGAGAUAGGUUGUCUCGAGGUGUACAUAUUUGAACAUUCUCCUUGUAUAUUAUCUAUUUAAGAGUGUACAGUACAAGAUUUCAUUGC